UCUAUAGUAGAGCAGAGCAGCGCCGUGACGGCCACUAAAGUGUCAAUCGUCGACGUCGUCGUCAGGUUUCUUUGUUGGCUGGAGUAUUAUCGUUUACAACUAGUGGACACAUCCGAAUAUUUUUGUGAAACUGUGCAUUGAAGUGCCCUGAUCUUACCCUUGUGUGUGAGUGUACAUUUUCCUGAAAUUCGCACUCCAAAAACGCAGCAGCAGCUGGUGGUGGCGUUAAUCUGCUGUGGCCAUACCCAGCAGAAAAUCGUUCUAGGCUCGGUCCGGGAAUAGUGCAUUUGUGCGAAAGUGGACGGAAAGUGACACAAAGUUUGGUUCCGUAUGGUAGAGCUGUGUUCCAACCUGCUCCUACGCGGCAGAAGAACAAGUUUUCCCAAAUGAAAAUGAGAUCCAUAUUUUCGUUUUAGGGUGGUGGGUAAAGUGUGCGAAAGAGCGUGAGUGUUGGGAUUGAGGGAGGAACGUCGGAACACAAAGGAACGGUCGAGUGUGGUGUGUGCUGUGUAGCUGAGUACAAAAGCAGAAUAUGGAAUGUACCAGUGCCAGUGAAUACGAAAAGAGCAACUGGUGUAGUGAGAAAAAUUGGUUUUCCACCGUGAGAGUCGAAGGCUAAGCAGGCCAGACGUACCUUUUUUUUGGGGUUGUUUGGGUUAGUUGGGGGUUGUCAGUGGCGGUGUGAAAAAUCGUGACGAAACGUUGUCGGAAAUUUCAACUCGAUUUUGCAAUUUCGAGUCAAAGGUUAAACUGUGUGCUACCUACGCAGAACGAUUAUAUUUUGCGUAUGGCAUAUGGCUUUUCGCGGGAUGUGGGAUUGACGGAAGCAGAAUCGCUGACUGUGGAUCCAUGCAGGAACAGUGUAGGUGUAUUUUUGUCCUGAAAAAAGCAAUCAAAGCGCAGGAAGAAAGUGUGAUAAAUGUUUGUGAUAAGUAAGGAGGAAGUGAUGUAAGUAACGGCAACGGUGUUGUGUUGUUGUGGUAGUAGGCCCUGAUAACCUUGACGUAGGAAACUGUUCUCGGAAUAAUCCCAUGUUUCGGAUUUCUCAGGUCUUUGCAGCAGGUAAUAAGAGUAUGAUAUAUAACUAUUUUUUGUGAAUGCAACGAUGACUGGAUCAAACACACCGACAAUGCAGUGUAAGUGAACAAAUAUGUGUGAGGUUCCCACGAAGUGCUAUACAAUUGGAAUUGCGCGCUAGAGAGCGACUGUUUUAGUGAGUGUACAUCGUGAUUUGAUCCCCCCAUUCCAUGUGACCCCACCGCGUGCACCAGUUGGAUACAAUGUGACUGUAUGAGCGUUGGCGUAUAUUGCGUUUGAUGUAAAUAAAAACAUACGGAUUGAUUCGAGGCGAUUGUUCAAUCUAUCCCAAAAUAUACGAACGUGUAAAGUGCCCUAUAAUAUAUUGUAACCUAAUUUUAAGCAAUAUCGCUCCUGAAAAAAAAAGAUGUUGAAACACACUUGUUGAUCUUGUCGCUUGCUUGGAAGUUGCUUCGAUAUCCGAUCGUGGCCAUGCCAUUGCGAAAAUAUCGCCCAACCACAUCGACGACGUCUGCCACCAGCAGUGGAAGCAACAAUCUGAUCAUUUCGAACGUGACACCGACUAUAACGACCCUGGCCGGCGCCACCGGUCUAACCCCCGGCGUUCCACACCGACACCAUCAUCACCAUCAUAAUCAACAUCAACAACAAGAACAUCGUGCUGUUCCCCAGCGAAUCGUUCAUCACCAUCACCAUCACGCUGCCAACUGCAACUUGAAUCUUAUCACGACAGCCACUGGUGGAACCUAUCAAACGAUAGCAGCACCACCACCACCGCUGCCAACUGCUCAUGUUUCAAUACCCCACCGCCAGCAGCAGCAACACCAGCCACUGCAACGGGCAAUCGCGGCUCCCCCGAUUUUGGACCCACUUCCGCUCUGCCUGGACGCCAACGGGACGUAUCUGUGUACCGCCUACAAUCCACGAUGCUACAUCAUACAAAAGCUAACACCUACGCCAGUGAGCUGCAUAGCGUACGAGUUAACCCCGGUGGCUCCAUUCACAACAAUUCCAGUGACAAGUUCGGCCAACAGCAUCAGCUCGGCUUGCAUCGAGGAAAUAGUUGAGUAUCCGAAAUCGCAACCUGCGACGGUUAACGUUUUCCAGCAUCAGCCACCUCAAGUAGUGCAAUACGUCGACAGUGCCAUCAGCAGUUCAAACAAUCCCAAUGUGAUAACGUCCACCGCUUCCAGUGGGAGUGGUGGUGGCAACCCAAUCGCAUCGAAUAGUACAUCAUCCAGUGGACAUAACGAAUUGUUGAGCGUGAUAGAAGCGAUUGGUGCAGGAGCCGGCUGUGGCAGUGAAGUGGUCUCAAUAGCACCCUCCAGUGUAUCGAAUUUUGCCUAUCUCGGAAAGAGUGACUCCAGUGCAAGUGUUUCUACGGGUGUGGAAUUCGGUGGCGUCACUAAAGUACAAACCAUGCUACACCCGACGACGAUGGCAAUCAGUGCCCCAGCAGGAAGCGUUCACACGUCGACGGUGGUGAAAUCUAGCAUUUCAUCAACAGGAGGUUAUGUCUUGAUGAAUGGGGACGCUGGCAAGAUGUCCACAGCUACUGCCGUAUAUCCGAUGGGUGCCGAGGCCAUCAUUAGCGGUGGAAUGUCCGGAUUGACGCUGGUUGGGCCACAUCCUCCACAGACCACACAUCUCACACUGCCCCCGGGAGGGGUAGUUCCGGGUGUUAUCGCUGUUCCUGCUAACGUUGCUAUUGCCACCGACUAUACUGUCACGAACGGCGCUAUUAGCAACAACAAUAACAACAACACAAACAGCAGCAACAGCAGUAGUAGUAGCAACAUAAUGAUGUCGAAUGAGCCAGCCGCUGGCGAGUACUAUGCGGUCACCACACAAACAAUGGACAACAGUGCUUCUCUUUCUUCGUCCACGGUUACCACAAACAAUAACAACAGCAAUCAGAGCAGUCUAACUGCGAGCAACAACAAUAACAUUAGUAGUAAUGUUAGCAGCGGCACGCAAACGACAGUCGGCGGCGGCGGUGGUGGUGCUGCUGGCAAUGUCAUCAGUGGUGGUAGCACAGGUGCUACCGCAACAGCAAAUGCCACCACCAUCACCAGUGAUAGUAGUACCGAAUACAGUGGUAUGCCUUUAGAGCAGCUGAAGCAGCAGCUACAAACGCAGCUCGAUUACUAUUUUUCGAGAGAAAAUCUAGCCAACGACACAUAUCUGCUAUCCCAGAUGGACAACGAUCAGUACGUGCCCAUUUGGACCGUGGCCAACUUCAACCUAGUGAAGAAGCUCACAAAGGAUAUCAAACUCAUCACCGAAGUGAUGCGCGAGUCUCCCAACGUGCAAGUCGACGAGGAAGGCCUAAAGGUGCGGCCGAAUCACAAACGCUGCAUCGUCAUCCUGCGAGAGAUUCCGGACAAUACACCGAUUGAGGAAGUGAAGAACAUAUUCCAAGGUGAGAAUUGUCCUCGAUUCAUCUCGUGCGAGUUUGCUCACAACAAUUCUUGGUACAUAACGUUUGAAUCGGACGAAGAUGCUCAGCAAGCGUUCCGGUAUCUGCGAGAGGAAAUUAAGGAAUUUCAGGGAAAACCAAUUAUGGCUCGAAUAAAGGCCAAACCAAUGAACAGGCUUCCAAUCGCUGCCGGCGUACCACUGAAGAAUGGCUUCCGGACGACUCCUCCACCGGCUACAGCAGCCGCCGUUGCUGUUCCACCUGGGGCAGCCGGUCCUUCUGCAGCCGCUGCUGCUGCCGCUGUCGCAGCUGCAGCAGCGGCAGCCGUGUAUGAUCCUCAGCAAGCAGUAGCGGCGGCAGCCGCUUUUCCCGGUCAGCAGCGGUAUAUCACACUGCAGCAUAAUCCAGGGGCGAUACCGCAAGGGACCGCUGUACCAGCAUAUAAUGCACCAGUUCAUAUGUUUCCAUUCCAACAGCAGUUCUACCCGGGCAUUAUGCAACCAUGGCCUGCAGCUCCACCACCCGCUCAAAACUACUACGAUCUUAGUACGUUUGUAACGAGCAAUGGACUUGCACCACAGGUGACAUUUGCUACCGCAGGAGCAAAGCAACCGAAUGGGCGAUACAAUGUGCAAGCUGGCAUAGGAGCUCAUCGAGGUAACAUACGCAGCAAACGUCAGCCUAACCCGGUGAUACCGGGUGGCAGCAACGAGCAUCGAUCGGGUGGGGCUAAUAGCGGCGGUGGUGCAAACGUCACAGGUAGUCAGAGCUCUCUGGGAUCUGGAAGCAACGAUAACCAACCGAAUCAUCGAGUAUCGGCCCAACAGCCACACUAUGUUCAACAGGCUGCCCAACAGCAGCCUCCACAAACACAAUCACACUACCAGCCUCAACCGGGUGGCAAAAGCUCCUCUCUUCUGGGACACGGAGGAAAAGCCUACCACAAGGAUACAACUAUUGUGCCACAUUAUCAGCAUUAUCAGCCUCAGCAACAGCAUUACAGCAAUCAUCCACAGCCUCACCAUCAUCAUCAGCAGCAGCCGCCGCCACCGCAGCAGCAAUGUGAUGAAACUGGCAAUACGCCAACGACCGUUAGCAUGCGACCCACAAACAGCAGCGCUGAUCACUACCAAUCAAAUGAUGACAAUAUGGGAUACAGCAGUCUACCGUACAACAGUGGUCGGAACAAGAAUCUAGAUAACCAACAGCAACAGCAGCAACCAGCUGGUCCAUGGGCAUCAACACAAUCACGGCGGCAUACACGGCGAAGAAAAGAGGACAUGGAUGGCGGAGUUGUCAGCACUUUGUACAGCAGUGUUCGUUCUAGUAAUAUGAGUUACAAUAGUAAUAGUAGUAAUAUUAGCAGUAGUAUCAACAACGGUGCAAACUCCAAUGUGAAAGUUAUGAACACAACUAGUCUCAAUCAGUUGAUACCGUCUUCGGGGGGACCGCCGCAUGGGCGCGGUCCACGAGGUAGUCUUGGCGGAAACAAUGAAAAUCUUCACGGUACAGCCUCGGGAAACGUGAUUGCGUCGAUGGGUGGCGAAGCUGGCGGCGGUGGUAGUCACCAUCAUCACCACAGUGGUGGCGUUGGUGGGGGCUAUCAUCCUCAUCACCAUCAUCGGAGCGCGGUGGCUACUAGCUUUCAUCAGCAGCACCCGCACCAUCACCACCAACCACAGCAUCAGCCGCAGCAGUCGCACUUACAGCAAUCCUCCAGCAGUAACACUAGUGCGCAGCAGCAGAAUGCCCCCAGCACCACUCAAUCGACGCAAUUCGACCUCGAACCAGCUGCAUUUCCGCCACUUCCCGGCCAUGAUGACAACACUAGCACCAGUAGCUCCAGUGGCAAUCGCAACAAGAACCACCACGCCCGCGAUCAUCAUAACCACCAGCAACAACAGCAACAUCCCCACGGUGGCAGCAACCCAUCGACUGCUGCCACCAGUAGCAUCCAUGGUUCCUCUACUGAUCACUCGUCCGUCUACGGUGGCUUGGGUGCAUCAGAGAUCCCCACGCACCCUGUCGCUCCAUGGGGCGAGAGCCGACUAGCCGAUGUCGUUAAAGGUACUGCACUCGCAACGAAUGCCUCCGUGAAGGCAAAAAACACAACGUCCCCUCCACCACAGCCAACCCAAAGCAGCAGCAAUAGUGAGCUUAGUCAAAAAAACGCCACAGUUUCGGCAGCUGCCACUUCAGAAGUGAGCGCAGCCGCCGGACGUGAACAACAACAGCCUUUCUUAGCAACCGUCAAAUUGUCGCAACAGCAGCUAAACUCAAAAGCAGCAAACGAUUCCUUACAUGGUACCAGCAGCGGCAGCAACGAGUCCGCCAGUUUGGCCUACGGCCCCGCCAACAGCAGCAACAAUAACUCUAGCAAAGUAACUAAUAAUCCUCUUCCUGUGAUAAAAUGUACAAUUAGUACAUCUGCAAGCACCACUGCUGAUAAAUCUACAAAGACUGACGAGUCCUUGCUGCAAAUGAACGGCUUGGAAUCGGCGACGACGGCGACAGCAGCAGCCUUGGGGGCCGGUUCGAUUGCUACCAGUCGUAAGACUGGUGACAACUCGGACACCAUGAGCUGCCCUACUACUACCAAUGCUGCUACGAUGACAUCGACUGAGUACGUAAUUGCUGCGUCCUCUCCCUCCUCUUCCUCCGGUAGCUGCAAACAGCAUUCGUCGUCGACUACUUCAUCUACUAAUUCGUCAUCCGUGGCUGUGACUUCUACAUCGACAAUGACUGUACCCGUGUCAGCUGUUAAAGCAAACGCCAACAUCAACACUUCCGGUUCCAAACAGAGUGGUUACAAGAACUUGCGGCCACCAACCACGCCUACAGUAGCAUCCGCUGCGGUCAUUCUUUCCUCUCCUUACGCAGCAUCAUCUUCGUCAGUAUCGUCGUCGUCAUCUUCAUCCGUAAGUUCUUCCCAGCCGACUGUACCGCCACCGUUUUCUCUGCAGAAUCACCCACCACUCGGUGGUAUUUCCGCUGUUGUUCCCGAGCCACAGCAGCAAACUCAGGUACGUCUUAGCUAUGCCCAAGUAGCUCAACACUUGAAAGAGCAACAGAUGAAGGAGAAGGAACACCAGCAGGAGGGCAGCACUAAAAUUAUUGAGAAGGAGAACAAUAAUAAUCUGCAAGUCGGUAGCAGCAGCAGUAGCAGUAGCUCUAGCAAUGCCAACAGUAGCAAUGUCACUAUCAUUAGCAACAAAAAGAAAGAUUCACCGACAAGCUCAAGACUGUCAACCUCAUCGCAGCACAGCAACGAUGGGUUUAGGGAACAACGAGAUACUCGCUAUAGCAGUGGCAGCAAUGCCAGCAACUCUGCCAAUUCUCGCGGCACCAAAGACUAUCGCUUGUCGACCGGAGCCACCGGUACUGGCGGCCCCCUUGGAACCGCUAUAUCAGCAACAACUACCGCCAUUGGUGGUACCGGCGGUGCGUCAGCAGCUGCUGUUGUUGCGGGUGGUAUGGGCGUUACCACCGCUUCCUCCGCAGGUGCCGGCCACCGAGGAGAGCCUAAUAAUAACAACAGUUACGGCAACAACAACAACAACAACAGCCUAAAGGCGCCCAAUGCUGGUAGUGGCAGAACGGCAAGACCACAUCAGCUGAAGGAUUACGUCCAGCCACAGCAGGGACCACGUAGUCCUAAAUGAUGACGCUUAAUUUGGAUCUAAAAGCCCGCGUUGUUUCAUUGUUUGCGAGGUUUGUAGCGAAGCGAAAGCGUAUAUGUAGUGAUCAUCGGUCAUGUUGCAGGUUUAGUUUUUUUUUCCGCUGGAGCGGCGAUGUCAGCAGCACUUAGUUUGUUGGCAGAGAUAUUCAAACAUUUUGUUAAUUUUUGUGUUACGUCAGACGAACUGGAGGGAAGAAGACAAAUUUCAUUUAUUUUUCCAACGUAUAGAAUGCAACUGAAAGGGUUUCAGAAAGAGUGAAUUUGGUUGGUAAAGGAAAGAGACGUUUCCUUGAAAGUGAUUUGUUACUAUUACUAUUAUUACUACUACUACAACUACUACUAUUACUACGGCUAGGGUUAGCGAUCUCAUGCAAGCACUAUCGGACAGCUGGAACAGUUGUGUCCGAGCGAUACGGACAAGCGACGGUAACAUAUGCGACUUGAUUCGUGAUUUACUUUAUUCAUUACUAUGACAAUUUUUAGGUGUAGAUUACAGGAAUGAAGGAAUUUCCAUUGUUUAUUGCAGGAGGAUACGUUCAGAUCGAAAGUAGAGCGAGAUAACUGCAAAUGUAUAAUCUAUUAGUUGAAGGCUUGUUGGUUCGGUUCUGUUUGUGUAUAUACGGCGUAAGAUACCAUGUUAGUGUCGUGAUAUUUGCCCUAUUUUUAGUGUCCUUUGCCUGCUUGCAAAAUUGGACUUCUUACAAGAUGCUGUGUGUGUAAGCUGUAAACAGGUUUGGAGACUCAAACUCAUCUUUGUAGACGCCGCCGCCGCCAAGUGUUAAGUAUGUGUACUGGAUUCAGAUAAACUGAAAUACACAACAAUAAACUCAUAUAUGUUUGGUAGACGCUAAUCUGUGUUAGCUCUCACCAACGAUUGCUCAAUAAUGACCAUUCUAGUAGACAAACGAUCGACUGUAUACUAUUACUUAUAAAUUGUAAUAAAUACUUUGCUGGCAAUGGGGUUUACGUUAUCGUUGCAUGACACUAUCUCACUUCUGUCUACUGCCGAUAGUUCAGCAUCAUCAACUCCCAAUUGUCUGUCUGGUUAACUUAUGUUCGUCCAAUUUUGUUUUCGAAAUUGAAUAUAAACAUGUUAUCGCUACUCUGAACUUAAAUGGGUAGAUUAAAACAACUAAAAAAAACAACCUAGUCUUCUAUUGUUUACAUCUUCAAAAAUUAAGAUUCAGAAACCUAUUUAACGUUUUUUUUGUUUUCUAUAUAUCUAUAUUUUAUUAUUUUUGAAUCAUUUCAUUAGACGUAAACAAGACAACAAACAAAUAAAAAGUUGCAUACAUUGGUAAUUGAAAACAGGUAAAUUGCCCCGUUCUUUAAUGUCUUUCUUUUCGUUAUUUGUUUCUAGAUAUAACAAUAUUUUUUUUUAAUUUACCGUGACACUAAACUGUGUACUGUGCGGUGUAGGAUUCGUAAACACGAACCAAUUAGUUUCGUUAUAUAAUACACACUACUGGCGCAUACGCGUGCGUCGUGGGCUUUAGCAAAUGUGCUUUUAUCGAUGUGCGCGUGUAUUGAUGCUAUCAGUAAUAUCAAAUAAAAUUGCGUGCGUGUGUCGGUGUAUGCGUGAGUGAGAUUUAUGCGAAAUAAUCUACUAUUUAACUUUUGUUUUAGCUUUGAUACACACAGUGAGUGUUGCGAGAUAUAAAGAUAACAGAAAUGUGGUAAUUUAUUAGAAUAACAAAUUUAUUUUCGUUCACGGAGGCGAAAAAUAAAACUAGAAGAAAAUGGGAUAUUUAAAUUUGGGAAAAGUGUAGAGACAUGUAUGAUUGAAACUAGAAACGAACCACGACUACUACACUUGUGCACAGAAAUAUACUGAAACUCUGACAUAGAGAACGGAGACACUUACGGAACCAUCGGGAUUUUUUUUGUUUACUUUAAAACCAAAACUAAACGAUAAUCAAUUAAACUGAAUGGUCUGAUAGCAAUUGUUUCUAGCAGCAGAGUGUAGUGUGAAAAUACAACAGAAAAAAUAUAAUUUCCAUAGGAAAAGAACGCUUUAUUUAAUUCGUUGUUUUGAUAAAAAUAUUGUUAGUACUCUUUCUUUUCUAAAAUCCCACUACUCAUAAGCUCGUUGUCCAAAAAUAACCAUUAACGAGAAAUCGUGUUAUUUUGAGAUAAAAUCACCUCGAAACAAAGCGAUAUUUGUCUUUAAAAUAAAUUAUCAUUUCAUAUAAGUAUUUACACAGGAUUGGGUUGUCUCACGUGAUACCACAAGCCAUCAUGCAGUGCCUUGAGGGACCAUCCAUAAAUGACGCAGCAAUUUUUGAGUGAUUUUAACAAUCCCCUCCCCCAUCGUAGCAUUUCGUCACAAACCUCUUAACCCCCCCUCCCUUCCUGGUAAUUACGUUGCGUAAACCCAUUCCCCCCUAGCCCCCGUGAAAAAUUAAAAAAAACGAUGUUAGAUGAAACGGGUAAGAUUGUCGUGACAUCAGGUCAACCGCUUUCCCCUUUUAAAUAGCUACGUAGCAUGACCCCCCUGUCGUCACACAUUAUCAGAAAAUACAAAACUCCCUUUCCAUCAUAUAAUGCUACGUCAUUUAUGGAUGGUCCCUAACAUGCAAUGGAAAUUGCGUUAUCCCAAUGACUGAAUCUUAUCAUUGGAAGGAGAUUCUCUGCCCCUUCGGAUAGCGCAUAAAUGACUGUUUGUGGAUCCACUCCUUUUUGGCCCUUCAUACACUGCAUGUAAUGGUAAGUCAGUCCCAUGUAGAUAGGGAAUCCCAUGAAACAUGGGACUGAUUUGCUAUUAUGGGCAGUACAGCGAUAAUGUGAAUGUCAUUUGAUAACAUGAUUUUAUCCUUGCUGUUAAAAGCAUCUGCUGCCACCGGAGAAUUCCAUGCACUGAUGGUGGGUUCCUGUAUCAUCAUCAUCAUCAUCAUCAUCAUCAGUAUUGGGUUGUCUCGUGUGAUAGGUUAAAAAAGCUAGAUUGAAAAAAUCGAUAAAUGCGAUUGGCAGGGUGGGGCUAACCUGUUUGGCAUAACGUCGUUUUGCAUAAGGAAUAAAUACUUUGAUAGUAGGUCAUUUGGCAUAGUGGUCAUUUGGCAUAAAAUGUACAGGAUAUUGAAUGCUAUUAAGGUCAUUUGCCACAAUGGUUUUUUGGCAUAAAAAUCAUUUGUCAUAACGGCCAUUUGGUAUAAAGUAUGAAAAUAUUCGUUCAACUCCGAAAACUGUUCAUGUUUGAAAGAAGAAAUCAACUUCAAUGAGACGAAUAAUAUUUUUGUGUCAAAUUGAUUACAUAGAAAACAUGGAAUUUGUGAACUGAAAACAUUCGCAUUUUGUAUGAAAAUUAACACAUUUGUGAAAUGUCCUGCAAUAAAAAAUCUGUGAUUGUACUCUGUUAAUCCUAUGCUAGCUUCAAACUGCAGAUCUCAGGUCAAGGAAAUUGGAAGGAAUCAGCGAAAAAAAAUUAACCAUUCCAUCUACGAAUAUUUCUACAAUUUUUUAACCAAACUACUAGGUAUUUAUACAAUAUGAAAAUUAAUUCGCGAUAUAUAGUAUCUUGCUUUCCAAAUGUUUGUUCUUUUGGCGCCUUUUGUCUACUGUCCAAAUUGAAAAUAAGGAGAAAACUCAAAACUAGUUCAUAUUCAAAAGAAAAAAAGCUCAAAGCAAUAAAAUUAAAAGUUAAAAGCAAUUUACUACACAUGUAAAUCUCAGAUGCUUUAAGUUAUUAUCAAAAACAAAAAUAUUUUCGAUUUUCUUAGAUGCAUUUAAAAUUAAAAAUAAUUCAAAUAAAUUUUCAUCUUCAAAACAAAGUGAAAGGCUAAAAUAACGCAGUUGGCUGCAUACCAAAAAAAGUUCAGCACGCAACCACUGUAGUUUUAUUGUAUUUCCGGAAAAUUCGGGCAAUUUGUAUAGACCAUAUCGUGCAAGGGAAAACUGCAUCCCAGAAAAUUAACGAUUUGGUGUCCUAUUAUUUCAGUUACCGCCCUGCAGAUCUGGUGAAUCAAAUAGACCCAAGGAAUUAGGUUUAAUGUUCUAUGCCAAAUAGGCGCAUUAUGCAAUAUGGUCAUUAUGCCAGAUGCCAAUCUAUCUUCAAUUUUGUAUCGAUUAUGCUAAAUGAUCUUUAUGCCAAAUUACUACUUGAAUCUCGCUAUGGUUAUACCAAGUGGCUUUAUGCCAAGUGACUUUAUGCAAAGCGACUUUAUGCCAAAUGGGCUUCCCCUUGCAAAUUUAUGUGAAAAAGUUAAAUAAUCCACUGAACAUUUAAAUGCUUCCAAAUUAAAUCAGUGUUUUUAACUAAUGAAAUAUUGUAAAAUAGUGAUCGAAUUGUGUUGGAAUUGGGUAAGUGCACUACAAUAUUUGCCAACCGCAUUUUAACAACAGGAACGCCGUUGGGAAUGACCCUGAAAAUCUUUCCUAAAGUAACGGAUUUCAUUUCUCCGUAUUUUGUGACGGAUUUCACUUCCAUAUCAACAUUAGAAUAGGGCUAAUAAGAUUUGUAAACAAACUUUUGUUUUGCUGAUUUCUCUUAAUUUGUUAUAUUUUCAACCUAGAAGACAUUUGAAAUUGAUUCUACCAAGGGUAAAGAUGUUGAUUCAUGUGUAUCUUUCAUGAAAUUCGACUCGACAGCGGAGUAAUGAGCGAAAUAAGUUUGUAAAAAUCUCAUUAGCCCUUUUGAAGAAUUGAUAUUGACUUCUCCGUAUAUUGACAUAAAUCUUUCAAUGUCUAAUUUUGUAUUUAAUGGUCUAAUGCGCUGCGCUCCAUAUAUUCAGGAUCUUUUUUUAACGUUGUCAUAUUCGGUGCAGUUGCUCUUCGCAAUGGAAUUUUGUGCCUGGGCUAAACUUUUAAACGGUAUCUCUACACAGUUUCUCACGUGAUGUAACUGGAUAUAUGUCACUUCCUUGAGAUUAAGAUUCGUUUUCCCUUUUAGUAACAAUUCAACAGUACAUGACUGUAGGUCAAAGAGAUUUUUAUUUCAAUCCUAAUUAUUUUUCCCGCUUAACAGGCACUUUUAUUUUCUGUGAUUGGUUCAUGUAUUCGAUAUAAUACUGUUACGAAAAAGCUUUUAAUUUCAAUAUCCAACUGGAAAAGAUAUCUAUCUUCGCGGACCUCCAUAAACCUUUUUACGAACCCCUAAGUGGCCGCGGACUCCAGGUUGAGGAUCACUGCACUAAUGUAUUGGGAAGCUUUAAAUAUAAGCUCACUACAGAGUUGUGAAAUCAGUUAACGCUAGGUAUUUGAAGGCGACGGACGAAGAAUUUUCUGAUCUUUCAGGUCAGAGAUAAUCCGUGACAGAUUGCUCGAAAGUUCGCCAAGACAAGCUCAGCGUAGUGAUAUUCGUACCUGACAAAAGUUUUUUAUAAUGGACUACCGUGUCUACAUGCCCGCUCACAAAGUUUAGAUCGACGGUGUAUCCACCGACCCAAGCUUCUCAUUUGGGGGAUGGCUGUUUCAAGAAUCCCCUGCUACAAAAUUUUGAAUGGAAAUCGUACUGAAAGGGACAAAAUUGUGUGUCCCUUCAAACUCGAAUCAGGUGACCUUUGGCGAAACUGCUUUGUGUUCACUAACGUCUUCUUAGGCAAGAAUCAUCUACCUGUUCGGUUGUUUGUACCGCGCGUCAUGCAUUGCACUAAAUAAAGAAAAUAGACCAAUGUAGCAACAAGAUUUGGUUGCUGAGUUGCGUACAAGGCAAUCGAUUUGCCAACUACGUUUUAUUUUCAAUGUUAUUUCAAGAUAGCUGCUUGGUAUAACAUUAAAACAAUGGCUCUGUUGUCGCAUGUAUGAUGACCAAAAUGAUGGCAAGGUCCAUCGACUGUGUGAUAUGUUUAAAAGAACAUCUAUUAGACAUUGUAACUAUAAUUACAGCAUCUAAGUCUAAGAUGUCGGUGCAAAUAGAGCAAACAUUAAAUUUUUGUUUGUGUUAUAUAAAGUCCUUUUUUUUAGAUAAACCAACCUUAAUAAUACUCCAAUAUCCAAUUUACUCUACGGAUUUUGCAUCGUUCUCGCGUUCUUUCAUGUCCAGCAAAUAUAUCCUUUACAUUAUAUAAAUAUAUAAUGUGUGUCUACAAUAUCCUUUCACAUUUGAAACGUUUUUCGUUUAUUAUUUUUUUAUUUGAAAAAAUAAGAAACAGUCGCUAUCAGACCGAUCGCCAGUUUGACUCGACCAUAUAUAUUUUGCUGUAAUCGUAGGUAGGAAAACGGUGGGGACUAGUAUCAUCAUUUAUCCCGUGGCCCAGUUUGAUACAGGAAUAAGGCUGAAUGUAGAAUUCGAAGCAGGAUACUUGCGGCUUGUUUGGUUAGUUUCCUCUACGAAUUGAUAGGAUAACACAAUUUGCGAACAAUUGAAAGUUAGUGAACCAGUGAGUGGAUGCGAAGGAAACAAAUAAGGAAAAGAGGAAGCUCUAGUUGUUAUAUAUAAUGAAAUUUAAAUCUAAAGAAUCUUAACGAUUAAAGCUAUACACAAAACGAAACGACAAAACUUAGGAACAUAGUAGGAGUAAUAAAUUAAUAAAUUUCACGAGAAGCGUAGUUUUCACUAAUCGCAGCGGAAAACUGCAAACUAAAUUUGAAGCGAAAAAUUGCUGGGGAAGGAGUAUUAUUGAGAAAGAACGAUCUCCUUUUUUGGAAAUCCUAUACGACGAAUCAAUUUUUUUAUCAUUUUGAGUGUUGGUUUUUAAUCCUGUUCUUUUGUUUUUCUUAUAUUAUGCUGUCAUAUCUAUUAACCUGGUAAAGUCUUAUAUAAACAAGUGCACUCGAUCGGAGUAAUAGCAACGAGCACAAUUGAAAAUGUUCUAUCAUUGAAUACUGAAACUCGCAAUAAUUAGUAUGACGAUGUAACAGCACUUAAGCCUUUCAAUAAGUCAUCUAGAACUUUCUGUAGUUAUUAUUUUGUCUGUCGCUUGGGUCGUUUUAUUACAAUUGAACCUUUCCUAGCCCACCACACCUUUAUAUGAAUUAUAACGUGCACCUGCUGAUAUAGAACUUUGCAGAAUUAAUAGAUGCCAGUUCGCACGAUCUUUGAUGGCCGAUUCCGUUUCUUUUUUCGUUAAGUAGUAGAAAAGUGCACGUGAAAAAACAAAAAAUGCCUAGUCUCGCGGAAUAAGCUUUCUCAACUACUUAUAGGAAUCCCGAUUUCAUUCAUUUUCAUCAGAAUAUUUGAAUCCAACUUAUGAAUACCUUAUUCUCAAUUUAUUUAAUAUAAUUACUUAUCAUCAGACAAUUUAAUCUGUUUCCUUCUCCGAUUUCCGAUAAAGUAUGCAAUUAGAAGAAGAAACGGUGAAUAGUAGAAAAAAUCCAAGAAUGUACUGCCAAUGCAAAACUACAAGAAAAAAAAAUCAUAUAAGAGACGAAAAACCAGUAAUGUUUAGGAAAUGAGGGUUGAUUAUUUCGUUUUGUUUUUAUUUAACUGUGUUUGUUUACUAUUAAAAUGGGCUGGGAAGCACGGGAAAGCAAUCUCUUUUACUAGUGAGGGCGAAAACGAACAAAUUCGAUAAACUCUAGAGUUCAUGGUGGGCCAAUUUUUCAUAGAAGAAUGAAACGCCGGACCGGAAAACCCCAUUUAUUGUGAGGUGUGCGCAAGGAAGUUUGCUGCUAGCAAGUGGAUGUAGGGAAACUAUAUAAAUGAAAAAUUACCAAUUGCUAACUAAUUUUAAGGGAGACAUUAAUUUGUUUGUUUUUAUUUUGCUAGGAGUUAUAAACGAAAGAAUUAUAGACGUUUGCCGGGGGCAAACACCCAAGAGCGGAACACGGUACGAACUGAUUGGGUGUUUUUCAUUCGGAAACGCCGGGAAGAGAUUUUGCGGAAUAACAAAAGUGGGAAAAUUAUCUUAUUGGUAAAUGAAAUGUGAAAAUACACACUGUAAUCAGCCGUAGGUUAGCUUUGUAAAGUAAUAUUUAAAAAGAUAUCUACAUAAUGACUAAAAGAUAUAUGAAAGUGUAUAUUAAGAUAUAAUAAUUGUAAAUUUAAAGCAGUUGAUUGAAACUAAAAACUAGUGAACCUGGUAGGGCGCGGAAGGAAAAUGGUUAAAGCGUUUGCAUAGGAAAGUGCACGUAAGCAUCGAGAAAUUGAGAAAACAUGAGACACACUUAUCUUUAAAAUUUAAUUAAAGUAAAUCAAAAAGUAUAUUAAUUAAACUAAAAGAUAAGCGUAAAUGAAAAAACAAAGAAAACCUAUUGAUUGAAUACACAAACAUUGUUGUAAAGUGAAACUAAAUGAAAAAAGAAGAAAAAAAUCCAAAAAAUAUAGAAAAAUAUAAGACGCAAAAAAGCAACAAAAAGAGACCACAGAAAACAAA